AUGUUUUUAAGGAAACUGUGUGUAUUUUCUCCUUCCCAACCACUGGAUGUCAAAACCAAGUUUCACAACUCAGACAAGGAUGACUUAUUUCUUGAAGUUCAGAUUCAAAACAUUUCAUCUGCAACUGUGUUUAUACAAAAUGUUUCUUUGGAGCUACCUGAAAAGUACACCCACAAACCAUUAAACACUGUCAACCUGGAUGGGAGAGAUGAAUGUACGUUUGGAACCAGGACAUUUUUACAGGCAACAGAAGGACGCUGCUACUUAUACCACCUGCAGGUCAAGGAAGAAGAUUCGAACAGAGCAAGACCCCUUAGUGGCCUAACAAAAAUGGGAAGCGUAAAGAUCAUGUGGAAAAGGGAACUUGGCGAGAUGGCAAUGCUAUACACAGUCCCCCUUGAAAGAGAAGCUCAAAGUUGUGGAGACCUAAAGCUAUCUUUGGAAAAAAUUCCAGAUACUGUAGUCAUAGAAGAACCAUUUCAAAUGACCUUCAAGAUAACAAAUUGCUCUGAUAGGAUAAUGAGCCUGAUUGUAAGAAUGCACAAUACACCUCCUGUUCGCUGGUUUGGACGUUCAGGAAGCUACCUUGGCAAGCUGAUUCCAGGUUCAUCUAUUUCAUUUACCCUGACACUAAUGUGCGUUCAGCUAGGAGUGAUACAGAUUGCUGGCUUACGGAUAAUAGACACAACAGUAAAGACCAAAUAUUGCUAUGAUGGUGCUGCAAGUGUCUGCGUAGUGCCUUCCAUGGUCAAAAUGAAAAACUAA